AUGAUCCGGGCCAUCCGGUUGGUCAUCGCCUACAACCGCAAGUAUCGGCUAAAGUACGCCAAAUUCGUGAAGAGAAAACGUGCUUUGGGCUUCUGGGCCGUGAUCUCCAUCGGGCUCACCGUCCGAGCCGGGCUAUUCUUCGGGACCGAUCCUGCACACUACUCGAGCGACAUGCGCGAGUGUUUCUACUGGGACGACAUCUUCGUUGUGGGGAUAGGACUCAUUUUUGGCGGGGCGCCGGUGUCCCUUUUGGUAAUACGAAUAUCACGCGUUAACGACGCCUUCCAGCUUCGUGAAGAAUUGUGUCGUACGAUCAUGGGCUGCAGCGGCAUCGCAGUUAUACUUUGGGUGAUCCAAGUGCUGGUGGAACUGGAAGUAUGGCCAGACACGCCUGCACUUCACGUGGUUGUCGAAGUGCUAAUACUCCUGCUGGGGAUGAACGCGGGAUAUUGGGGCCUGCUCCUUCCCAUGAUGUCGAGCCCCGAAGAACAGUUCAACUCCUUCCUGUACAUCCUCAACCAGUACCUGCUUCCCACGUCACCCGACGAGAUCAACAUAUCUAGCGCAAUGAGCAAGCACAUGGCGACGUUCAGAACAAGGUGA